AUGAUAACGUCGGGAUGUCAUGCAAUCGUUCAGAAAUUGGGCGGUGAACAUAUUCGUGUUUGUGAACUGGGACGUAAGCGAAUGAUACUCAUUGAGAAACUUCGAUUCAAUGCCGACGGUGCUCUCAAUCAACCGUUCGGACUUUUUGAGGUAUCUGCCGGUAAACUGUCUCGUGUUUAUGAGGACGUUUCGAACGUUGAGCAGACAUCAAUUACCGACUUGGAAAAAGAUACGGAUGCGGUGAGAACUGAACCAAGCUCAUUGGAAACAGCAACGAUACCGGCAGCGUGUUCAUCCUCAGAAGAGAACGGACAGAAUGCGGCCAGCAAUCACGAUCAAGAUGUUAGAAAUUCCGAUGAACUGAACGCAGAUGAUCCGAGUCCAAUUGAUCGUGUUUCGGAUAUUCAGAGCCAGGAAUCAGAACCUUUAGACGGUGAACCUGUGGAUACUCGAAAUCCAGCUCAAUCGAGGCAAAAGCUUACUCAAGAAGAAAUCUCACUCAUGAAAAACACUGGUAUCAGCACUGAUGAAUUG